UCGGCAGGAGUGGCAGGCAGGUGGAGUGCGGCUGCGGAGUGUCGUCUCCGAUUGUCGGUGUCGGGGCGGUGCGGUGCGCGUCCGUGCGGGCUAUCUGGAGACGGACGCUUUCCGUGCGUGUGCGUGAGCAGGGCGUGCGUGCCGGCGGUGCGAGGUCACGGAGCGGCGGCCGGCCGCUGGACCGCCGACAAGAGGGGAUGAAGGACAACUCGCAGUGGUACCUGCCGUGGCUGGUGCGGCCGUCUCAGCCGCCGGGGCCAGCGGAGCCGGCCAGUCCCCACCGGGCCGGAGUGGUCCGCAGGCGGCGCAGCAUCAACCAGAGAGGUCAUGAGGGUAUGCGGUGGUCGUCGCCUGCCCGGCCUGACCCGCCCCGACAUCGACCCCACCCGCCCUACUCGCGCACCCAGUCGUUUGACGGUGGCGGCAUACGACGACAUCUUGCGGAACAUCGUGGAACUGGGCGCCAGCUGCCUAAGAUUGGGCCGAGCCUGUGCAGUCGGACGUCGCCGGACGCGGCCGAGGAGAGGAGUCGCGUCCGCGGCCGGCCGCAGAGCGAGAACAUCGAGCUCGCCCUGUCACCCGGUCUUGCGAAUCAGAAGAUCGCCAGCAACGCCUUCUCCCUGCCAGCGCAGAUCGACUGCAUUUCAGACAUCGAAGACGACACCGCGCAACACCAGAGGGGAAAGGACGACUGCCGGAUAGAUUUGAAGAAAGAAAAGAAACGAAACAAGCUCACUAGAAGGAAGGCUUGCUAUCGCCAGAAAAAGGACCAGGGCCGGUCGCGCAGUCUGACCCACAUUGACACCCUGGACCCGGCCAUGCUGGUGCACCAGGAGGACAGUGACCGGCUCUCGGAGCCGGACACCUGUGGCAGGCCGGCCGAGCCCGGCGGCGGGCUGCGCCGCAAGAAGCUGGCCGCCCAUAACAAGGUGGCCAGUUCGGAAUGCUUCAGCGUCAGCUUCGACGUGAGCUCCACGGAUGAGCUACCCGAGGAGUUCGUGCCGGCCGUCAAGGGAUCCGUUCUUAGUGCGUGACCAUGACAACAAGAGUCCCGUGAGGUCGAAGUCCUCAUCCAGUCACUCAUCGGCACCCACACGCAAGUCAUCGGGGAGCUACCGCGGCAUGGUGACCAAGUUCAUCAACAGCAGCGGUGAGGAAGUGGCGGCCAGCGACGGCCAGGGGCCGACGGGCUCCACCGACGGCUCGCUCAAAGUCAGCAAGACCGGCAAGCAGCACACCCGAUGGAGCGGCAUCUUCAGCAACAGCUCCCUCAAGGAGACGGGCGUCUCCAAAAUGGACCAGAUGAUCCAGUGCCUGGAGACGUACAGCUCUCACGGUAUCCCGCGGUUGCCCUACCUGGUCAACUUUGACGGUGACGCCGCCGAGGAGGAAGAGCUGUAUAACCUGGAGAGCGACUGGCGCGAGCUGGUGGAUGCGCCAGACCGGCUGUCGGAGCGGCGACACCAACAGCAGAACGCCAUCUGGGAGCUGGUGCACACAGAGGCCGCCUACAUCCACACGCUCAAGGUCAUCACGGACCUCUUCCUGUCCUGCCUCUGCAACCUGCAGAAUAGCCGCAUCUUGACUGAGGUUGAUACGGAGAAGCUCUUCUCAAACAUACAGGAGAUCUACGCCGCCAACAGACACUUCUGGCACGACCACGUCUUACGCAUGCUAACCAAAGCCAGGAAGUCGCGUCAGCCACUGGACAUCACGGAGAUGCGGGAGGGCUUUGCUCAGUUCGAGGAGAUUUGCCACCCGUACACCCGCUACUGCCUGGACCAAAACAACAGCAAGCUGUACUGUAAAAACCUGGCGCGCAGCAACGGCUUGUUUAACGGUUACCUCGCGUGGUGUGAAACGCAGAAGGACUGUAACCGACUGCGGCUGGUGGACAUCCUUGCGAAGCCUUGGCAGCGACUCACCAAAUACUCGCUGCUCCUCAAGGCCAUUCUGAAGAAGACCGAGCCGGCUGAGGAGCAGGACAUGCUCCGCGAAAUGAUCCAGGACGUGGAUAUAUUCGUGGGCAGCGUAGACGGAUCCUUGCGUAGCCGGCACGAACAGGAACGGCUCAGCGAGAUUAUCGGCAGGAUUGACAGCUACGACUGUGUGGAUACCAAGGACGACGAGCUGGAGCGGGCGACGCGGCCGCACCUGUCACUGGACCUCACCUGCCCCAUGCCAGGCUGCGGCGAGACGCACCGGCGCUACCUGCUAUUUGAGGGCGAGCUGAAGCUGCGCGACCACGUCACCUCAAAGGAGGCGGCACAAAGACGCGGCGCUCGCUCUGCGUCUUACCUCAACGAGUAUCAGUCGGCCACGGCGGCGUUCACGCUCUACUGCUCCGAGGCCAACACUGCAAGCUGGGUGGACUGGGUGAAGAAGGCGCAGGAGAAGUAUCGUGAGGCUCGCCUGGCUACCAUCAACCAGGAGUACGUGUUCUACGACGACGAUGACGAGCUGGAGCUCCCGGCCAGUGCCUUGCUGACUUCGCGCAGUCCACGGGGCAGCAGCCGGACCAGCCGCGUCCCCAGCCUGAUCCACUCACACAGCAGCUCGAUGGACAACAGCGACCCGAGCGGCACGUCGAGCGUACUAACGGUUCAGACGAGCCCCGCCAGAGCGGUGCUGGCGGCGGCCGAGGAGCGGCUGAACCUUCCCGAGCGCUCCUCGUCGGAGGACAACCCGUCUGCCAAGCUGAAAGGCUCGCUCAGCCCUCGGGCAGAGAGGCGGCCGAUCCUGCGCUCGGUGGGCUCGACGCCGAACCAGUUGUCGGUGCUGACGCACCUGACGCCGGCCGGCCAGUCGCUGCCCAACCUGUCGGCCGAGGUGGCGCAUUCGCUGUCGGUGCCACCGCAGCGGACGCUCAAUCCGGCGCAGCGCGGCGUGACGUACCCGCCGCUGUCGCCACGCACUCUGCGCCGCAGUCCGGCCGUGCAGCCGCCGCCACCGCGCAACCCACCGCUGUCACGUGCCCAUCACGUGACGGCCGACGGCGGCAGCUCACCACCGCCGCCGGCGCCCUCGCUGCCGCCGCCUCCGCCGCCACCGCCGGCCGCCGCCAACCCGGGCGCGACCGCCGAGCCGGAGGACACCGAGGUGGACGGCGACGGUCGCAGUCGGCGGCACUCGCGCGACCGCCUCGAGAGUCGUCGCUACCACACGGCCGGUGCCAUCGAGGACAUCAAGAAGCAGGAGGCCCGGGACGCCAGCAUACACAAGCGCCUCUCGUGGAACUGUGGGCAGCAGCAGCCACCGCCGCCGCAUAUGGGACGGCAGAGCCAGGCGCUCAAGGGCGGCCGACACGGCACCACUUGCCUCAGCUCCGACAGCGUGCACAGCAGCAGUGGUGUGAGCAGCGUCAACAGUCUGCAUCUGAGCAUUGGCUCAGAGUUUGAGGAGGGGCUGCUCGGCGAGGACCUUGACGAGGCGCUGACAGCUGAGACGGAAGAGAGCCAGACGAUCGUGGAGGCGACGAAUCUGGCGCAGCGUUUGAAGCUCAGCCCACACAUAUCGACCACGUACAUCUCGGCCGACGAGCUGAGCUGCGCCGGCGUCUCAUGUGUCUCGUCCAGCGUACAAAACACGGAGAGCGGUGUCAAGAUCGACAUUUCGGAGGCGCCGGACGGCGUGCUCUCGCGGGUACAAAUCACCGUCAACGACGGCUCGCCGGCGGGCGCGGCGGCGGCCGACGCCGACGCCGACGCGCCGCCCGCCAGCCCGGCCGACCAGUGGAACCAGUUCGAGUUUCUGCUCAGCGACAACACUAUACGAGCAUCGGACGUAUGAGAUAAGGAGCACCUAAUUUAGCUAGCGUAGCGUCCUUGCGGCCGCACCGGCGGCUGCCUGGCCGCAUCCACCGCGCCGACUCCAAAGUUUCGCUGUGAUAUGACCUUGUUUGUUUUAUUUUCCGAGCCGGCCGCCGGCGCGAGCGCGGCGCCGCGCAGCGAGCCGUCGUGUUGCGUGUCGCCGGGACCGGAGG